AUGGCCAUCCACUAUUUCAAGAUCCAUGAAUCAGAACUCGAGGGUUUGAACGACAAGGUGGCCUUGAUCACAGGUGGUUCAUCUGGCAUUGGUCUUGCCACAGCAAAGCUAUUUCUAAACAAGGGCGCACAAGCAGUCAUUGUCGCAGACCUUCAACGUCCACCUGAAGGACUAGGGCCUCGAGCUCAAUAUGUCAAGGCCGACGUCGCAUCGUGGAAGGAUCUAGUGAGCUUGUUCCAAGUCGCAAUGGAUCGAUACGGACGGGUUGACAUUGUAUUUGCCAACGCUGGAGUGGCCGACGUGACGGACUACGUCAACCUGAAGGAACACGAAGGGCAGCUUUUGGAGCCAAGUCGACGUCCAAUCGAGAUCAACCUAUUUGGAUGUCAGAACACGGUCGCUUUGGCAGUCUAUCACAUGCAACGACAACAACCACCGGGUGGGAGCAUUGUCAUGACCGCGUCAGGGGCUGGCUACGAAGGAGUGACAUCGGCAUCCUAUACCUCCGCUAAACAUGGCAUUAUUGGAUUCCUCAGAGCCAUGAAGAUGCAGUUAUAUCCUAAAAUCCCUGUACGUCUCAACGUAGUCGCUCCAGGAUGGACACAGUCUGCCAUCACAGCAGGCAUUCUCGACACAUUCAAGUCCGUAGGUGUACCAAUACAACCAGCCUCAGCCAUUGGCCUCGCAGUGGCCAAGCUUGCGACAGAUCCGAAAUACCACGGCAACUCACUUUUCGUGGCAAACGAUCAAUGUGCGGAGUUUGAGGGACCCAUCUUAGCAGAAACGGCAACCUGUGUCGGUCCAUCGAACGGAGACGAGGAGCAGUUCCAGAAGCUUUUGAUGGCAUUGAAAGCGCAUCGUUUAAGACAAAAAUUGGAGCGGCGAGACCCCACGGAUUUGGCCAAUUUGUGA